UCGUUGGUGUCAGUGGGAGGAAUAGUGCCCCAUCAUUGGUGUCGUGGGGGGAGGAAUAGUGCCCCAUCGUUGGUGUCAGUGGGGGGAGGAAUAGUGCCCCAUCGUUGGUGUCAGUGGGGGGAGGAAUAGUGCCCCAUCGUUGGUGUCAGUGGGGGGAGGAAUAGUGCCCCAUCGUUGGUGUCAGUGGGGGGAGGAAUAGUGCCCCAUCGUUGGUGUCAGUGGGGGGAGGAAUAGUGCCCCAUCGUUGGUGUCAGUGGGGGGAGGAAUAG